CGGACCCUUGGCUAUCGAAUCUCGUAUCGUCAAUUGACAAUUUGUAUUUGUGCAUAACUUCAAUGUGACCUAGUACUCCUUUUGAGAUUUCGUGAUGCUCGGGAGUAUACGUUGACAUUGUCGUUGUUGUUGUUAUUAUCGCACAUAUCUAAUUCUUUUCAUGUCUUCAUAGUAGUCUAUACAUUUCUCUGGGCAAAUCUGCCUGUCCUUUUUCUCGCGAUGGGUGUUUUCUCCUUUUUGCGCAAUAUCUACGACCUUGACACCCUCGACACUCGCUUUACGAUAUCGACCUCGACGCCUUAUAAAACUGUUAUAGAAGCACGCAAUGAUCCGAUAGCAAGCAAAGAACGUGCUGCAAAAUUGAAUAGCAAAGCGCAUACCUCACGAUGGAACACGUCGGAGUUUUACCUCUAUUACUUGAUCCUCCUCUGGGUCAUACCCUAUAUGUUCUGGGUAGCCUAUGAUUCUUCAAGACCGACGGAUCCAAAAUACAGGAGAUAUGAACAUUUACUCUCGGAAGGAUGGAUUCCAGGGCGCAAGAUCGACGCCUCAGAUUCCCAAUACCGCACUUUUCGAAACAAUAUCCCGUAUAUGGCAGCGCUUCUCAUUUUCCAUCCUCUUUUACGCCGACUAUAUAAUUCGAUCGUAUACCCGAUAAAAACGACUGGGCAGUCUACGCGACCAACCCCCGAAGAAGCCGAUCAGAGACUUAACCAACGAGCCUCCUUCGACUUCGGCUUUGCGUUGAUAUAUCUAGUUGCGCUACAUGGAGUUUCGGCCUUUAAAAUCCUUGUGAUCCUCUACGCGAAUUAUCAAGUCGCAACAGCCUUGCCUAGGAAGUAUGUGCCAGCUGCGACAUGGAUAUUUAACGUCGGUACUCUAUUCUCGAAUGAGUUAUGCAAGGGUUACAAAUUUGGGCAUAUCGCAACUCUGAUCGCGGGUGCCCCUGUUCAAAACUCACUACUUGAUUCAGGCUCCGCAUUGGUAUCGUGGGGGAGAUGGCUCGAUAGCUACGGUGGACUUAUGGGUCGUUGGGAGAUCCUCUUCAAUAUUACCGUUCUGCGCUUGAUCAGCUUCAACCUGGACUAUUACUGGAGUCUAGAUCGUAGAAGCUAUAGCCCUAUCGAGAAACAAGUCGACCCCGCCUCCUUGAGCGAACGAGAUCGCGUAUCCAUUCCAGCGCAAUCAAAAGACUUUUCAUUCCGAAACUACCUCGCCUAUACCAUCUACGGACCUCUCUACCUCACCGGCCCCAUCAUCACCUUUAAUGACUACAUAUCGCAACUGCGUUAUAAAUCCUCCACCAUUGAGGUCUCCCGUACCCUCCGCUACGGUGUACGCUUUUUACUGACCCUCCUUGCGAUGGAAGUAAUCCUACACUAUGACUACGUGCAAGCGAUCUCGAAAGCGAACCCAGGCUGGGGUGAGUACACAGCUGCGCAGCUAAGCAUACUCAGUUACUUCAACCUACACUUAAUCUGGUUGAAGCUUCUCCUCCCCUGGCGCCUCUUCCGCCUCUGGGCCCUCAUCGACGGCGUCGACCCCCCAGAGAACAUGAUCCGCUGCGUUAGCGACAACUGGAGCACCCUCGCUUUCUGGCGCUCCUGGCACCGUAGUUUCUACCGCUGGUCCUUACGCUACAUAUAUGUGCCACUCGGCGGCUCCAGCUUCCGGAGCCCACGAGACGCCGCACGUUCGAUUCUUACCUACGUCUUAGUAUUCACAUUUGUGGCACUAUGGCACGAUAUCCAGAUGCGUUUGCUGAUUUGGGGCUGGUUGGUCGUGUUCUUCAUGCUGCCUGAGAUGGCGGCCGGCUUCUUAUUCCCAAAGCGCAAGUGGGAAAGUAGGCCGACCGCUUACCGCAUGUUGUGUUGCGUGGGCGCUGUGGCGAAUGUCUUUAUGAUGAUGUCGGCGAAUUUGGUUGGUUUCGCGGUCGGUGUGGAGGGAUUGGAGAGGAUUAUUGCGGGGAUAUUUAGGGACUUUUCUGGAUUGACCUUCCUCUCUGGCGCUUGUAUAGUGCUUUUUGUGGGCGUACAAGCCAUGUUUGAGAUUAGGGAGUCGGAAAUGAGGCGUGGGAUCAAUUUAAAAUGUUGAUCAUCACGCAGUAUCGGGUUAAGGUAGUUAAUAAUUAACCUAUAUCAGAUAGAAGAGCUUUAGGCUCACUCAUGUUAUUGUACUGUUGAAAUAGACGAAAUUGUACAUACAUAUUCGAGCUAGUCAUGAUAUUACGUAUAUUUACCUAAACCUAAUGCCAAUAUUUGAUGAUUCUCACAAUGACAUAAUGCCGCCAACCCGCACACGAGGGUAUUUGUAAAGCAUUCCCGCGAUAAUGUCCCAAUGCAAUGUCCCAAAUCCCAACCCACUCAUUCUCAAGGUCUCAUCUAUUAUUUUGACUU